AUGAACAAUUGGCAGCUGACAUUCCAGUCACCGGUAGACUUGACAGAGCAUCUAAGAAAGCCAUACUUACUGUACGAUGAGCGAGAUAAGAACGUUACAAGAACCAUGUUUGACGAGCAUGCAAACCUCGUUUGGGCCGGGGACACAUAUGGAAGAAUAUCGUCUUACGACCCGUCAUAUUCGCUGUACACGAGAUAUGCUGGACACAUUGGGGGGCUCCCGGUGGUGGAUAUGUUGAGCCACCCUGGGGGAGUCAUGUCGCUCAGCGCAGAUUCAAUUCACUUCGCCAGCAGACAGGGCGUGACACGAUUAAAUCUGACCAGCGCAGAUAUAGCCCAACUUUGUGAGAUGAAGGCCAUGUGCUUCUCCUCUAUUGCAGGAAAUCACGUCUAUUGCGCGGGUUCAAAUUCUGGAAGUGGUAUCAUAGAUAUAGACUUACAGAAAGGCGCCCUUUUUAAUAACAUAGACUAUGCGUCGAAGGUCAAGAUGAUGCGGUCCGACAACAAAACCAUCCUUAUAGGGAAACAGACGGGCACGAUAGAUCUCCUGGAUCAAAGUAGUAAUCAGCUUAUCAGGUCAUUUGCGGCGCACUCUGCUACAAUAUCUGACAUGGAUUUGCGAGACAACACGUUGGUAACGGUCGGCAAAUCUAGGCGCUUUAAUCAGAUGUGCUCUGACCCGUUUGUUAACGUUUAUGACCUUCGAAUGAUGCGGCAAUUAACCCCGGUGGCUUUCUCUCACAACCAAAACAUAGGCAGCUCAGGAAGCGCAGGCGCAGACUUUGUUCGGCUACACCCAGUUCUCCCAACAGUCAUGACGGUGGCUUCUACUUCAGGAGCUUUUGAUUUUAUUGACCUAGCAGAUCCAACUUUAAGGUCACAGUAUUGCCACCCGUGCCAUUCCAUCUCUCAAUUUCAACUUUCGCCCAGUGGAGACUACAUAGCUGUGUUAGAACACGAUAACACAAUUAGCACUUGGAGUCGAUCUGGCGGCAUGUCGGGGUUCACGAACUCGUCAGCAAUUCUCGAGUAUCCUGACUACCCUGAUGACGGUCCUCCGGGAAAUGUGUCUGUUAAUGACGAGAGCUAUCCUUUAAGUUCAGUUGGAAUGCCUUAUUAUUCCGAGAAACUUUUGUCCUCCUGGCCACACGUUAUUUUCCGCAGCGGUGGAACACUUCCAAGGAAAAUGCAAGAUUCAGGAGGCCUGAUUCAAACACCUUCUUCCCGUCUAUUUCAGCUGAGUACUCACAACUCCCAAACCUAUAGUUUGGUUCCCUACAAUACCGCGAAGUAUGGCAGGCGGAAUGUUAUGCGGCCUUAUAAAUCGUUGAGAGAACGGAAGAAAAAGCUCCUCAUAACUGAUGAGGAUGGCACAGAUAAGAGAGAACUUAUGAGAUACAAGGCUUUGAACGACUAUGAGGUGCCACCCGCUUACACGAAACUUCAAAUGGUCUACGGCAAAUAUGGAGUAGAGGACUUUGACUUUAAAGCUUUCAACAAAACUCAACUUUCUGGACUUGAGUGUGAUAUUGAAAACUCCUACACAAACGCAAUAUUGCAGCUAUACCGAUUUGUUCCGGAGUUCUACAACUUUGUUGUAAGUUGCCUGAGAGAAGAACCUGGUCCUGAGAACUCCAUUCUGGCCGAAUUGGGAUAUCUAUAUGACAUGAUGGACAAAGCCAAGGGCGUGGUGUGCCGCUCUGCGAACUUCCAAAAGCUUCUGACAUCACUACCGUCUGCGAAAGACCUAGGUCUUUUAAGAGAUUCUCUGGCCACAGAAUUGUCAGACUCUUUAGCCGGACUUGAUAUUGAUUACCAUGGAAAUGCAAUGGAGGCAGAAAACAAAAUCGCAGUUCCGGGAACGGAUGUUCCUCAAGCUUUUAAUAAGUUUUUGCUGUCCAAACUGAUUGCUGAGGAGGUACAAAAGAAGAUCAAUACUACGCAUAGCAUUGCAUUAGAAGAGCUGGUUGGUAUUAGGCUGUCAACGGAGACACGCUCGAUAUCAUCUUGUGGUAGUUAUGAAAGAGGUACAAGCAUAGUACCAUCUCUUGAUGUUACGAGUCCCGCGACUAACAACACGAAAUACUCAAAUAAGAAGCUAAGCAACCAGACUGUGCUUCCCUAUAUCGAAUCAUCGAUGAACCGCAUUAGACACAAGAGAGCUCUUUGUGAAAAAUGUCAAAAGCUUGAAAAUAUAGAGCAGGAACAAACAGUUCGGAAUCUUCCACCUCUCUUAUCUCUUAACAUUUGUCUAUCAAGCAGUGAAUGGGAUAUCGCCAAGACGGUCAAAAAUUGGCUUGCAAAAGAUUUUUACGCUACGCUCUCCAAAGAUAGGCCUAUUUUGAAGUUACAUCCUACUGAUCUUAAAACCAACAGCGCCAUUUUCAAAUAUGACUUGAAUGCUUAUGUGGCACGUGUAACAGAUGACAUGUCCGAACCGCACCUUGUGACAUAUGCUAAGGUUUUUGAUCCAAAAACGAAGCAGGACAAAUGGUUUAUGUUCAAUGAUUAUCUUGUUAUAGAAGUCGAUGAAGAUGAAGCCUUAGAUAUUACACCAUGGUGGAAAACACCUGAAAUUCUGAUAUAUUCAGAUGCGGAGGAACUACGGAAACCAUUUGUUCCAGUUUCUAGCUUUCGCAUCGAUGACAGUGUUUUGUACCGUGACUACUUUGCGAAUGGUAUCAGAGAGGGGGUCAAAAAAGAGUAUCAGCAUUUAACUGCCAGCGAAGCUCCGCAGCCAGGCUCACUAGUCGCAAUGGAUGCUGAGUUUGUGAUUCUUGCAGAUGAAGAAGUUGAGAUCAGUUGCAGGGGACAGCGGACGCUCAUCAAACCAAAGAAGACGGCUUUGGCGAGGAUAUCAGUGCUGCGAGGGGACGACGGUGAUGAUUUUGGUGUUCCAUUUAUUGACGAUUACGUCGUUAACACUAACCAUAUUGAGAAUUAUCUCACUAGGUACAGCGGCAUUGAACCCGGAGAUCUUGACCCAGAAACAAGCAAUAAAACUUUGGUUCCUCGCCAAAUGGUAUAUCGUAAAAUCUGGCUCUUGCUCCAAAUGGGAUGUGUUUUUGUUGGUCAUGGGCUCUACAAUGACUUCCGGAACAUAAGUAUUUAUGUUCCGCCGGAGCAAAUUCGUGAUACAGCGCUCUACUUUCUUCAAGGCAAAAGGUACCUUGCGCUCAGAUUCUUGGCCCAUGCUUUACUAGACGCAGAUGUUCAAAGCGGGAACCACGAUUCGAUUGAAGAUGCCUACACGGCUCUCGUCAUUUACAAAAAGUACCUUCAACUCGAAAGCUCUAAUUUGUUCGAAAACACUCUAAAUCAGCUUUACGAAGAAGGUAGGGCCUGCGGCUUCAAGGUUCCUGGUGACCGCUCAGUUGCGCCAAUGUAG